UAAAUCUCUGGCGAAGGAGCAAGGAAACAGUAACCUGUGGAUGAAGAGACAAGAAGCAUGAAGAACUUCAGUCUGUGCGUUCUCCUCAGUCUGGUGAUUGCAGCUCAUGCCAACCCAAUAAUAACAUCGACCGACAGCAAAGAUGAGGAUGUGGUCCAGAACUACCUGAAAAGAUUCUACAACUUGGGAAUGGACAGUGAGUCUACUGUUCAAUUCAAGACGAUAAGCCAGCUAGAGCUGAAAGUGAGUGAGAUGCAGCAGUUUUUUGGACUCCGUGUGACAGGAGAGGUGGACUCAGAAACCUUGGAGGUGAUGAAGAAGCCCCGCUGUGGUGUCCCCGAUAUGGAAGAAUAUAACACUUUCAUUGGACGUCUCAAAUGGCACACCAACAAAUUGACUUACAGAAUUGAAAGCUACACUCAAGAUAUGUCCGUGGCCGAAGUGGACAGUGCCAUGCAAAAAGCACUACAGGUCUGGGCGAAAGUAACACCCCUGAGGUUUACACGUAUCUACUCCGGAACAGCCGAUAUCAUGAUAUCUUUUGGUGCCAGAGACCACCGUGAUGGCUACCCAUUUGAUGGGCCUGAUGGUACUUUAGCGCAUGCCUUUCCACCCCCACGAUCACCAUCAUAUGGAAUUGAGGGGGAUGCUCAUUUCGAUGAUGAUGAGACCUUCACCUUCCAUACCUCAGCAGGGUAUAACUUGUUCCUGGUGGCUGCCCAUGAAUUUGGACACUCUCUUGGCUUGUCCCACUCCAAGGACCCUGGUGCUCUCAUGGCUCCAAUUUACGUCCAAAGAGAUGUGGACAGCUUUGUGCUACCACAGGAUGAUGUCAAAGGAAUACAGUCACUUUACGGCCCAAACCCGGACGAGCCUAAUCCUACAGGUCCCUCUACCCCUGAUGCCUGUGAUCCUAAGAUCAAACUGGAUGCAGUCACAAGUAUGCGUGGAGAAAUGAUAUUCUUCAAGGGAAGGUUCUUCUGGCGUAGCUAUCCACUGAGCCCAAAUCCUGAGCAACAUCUCAUCAAGAGCUUCUGGCCCGAUGCCCCUGAGAAUAUUGAUGCAGCCUAUGAGAACCCACAAACCCAACAAGUCUUCCUCUUUAGAGGUCAGAAGGUUUGGGCUCUCUAUGGCUAUGACAUUGAAAAGGGUUACCCCAAGAGCCUGAGCAUUAUGGGCUUGCCAGAGACUGUGAAGAAGGUUAGCGCUGUGCUCAGUGACCCUGACACUGGAAAGACUUUGUUCUUUGUUGGCGAGUAUUAUUACAGCUAUGAUGAAACCAAAAAGGCAAUGGACAAAGGUUACCCUAAAAUGGUUGCAGAUGGUUUCCCUGGAAUGACAGGACAAGUCACAGCAGCUGUCCUGUUCAGAGGUUAUGCCUACCUCUACGACGGCUCCGUCAUGUUUGAGUACGACGUUGUGUCCAGAAGACUCUUUCGUGUUCUGAAGGCAAGCUAUUUCUUAAAUUGUUAGUUGCUGUCAAUGUAUUUUGCCCACUCCGUAAAAAAAUUGAUGCUUUUCAGAAAACCAAUUUUUGGUGUUACAUGCAAAGCAAGUGUUACAUGCAGAACAAUGCACUGUACUGUUAUGCGGUGGCUUCUUCUUCCUUCUCUUCUAAUUAUUCUUUGUACCUUUUUCUGCAGUUAAUUCAGCUUGAACAAAGAAACAUAAUUCAAACUUUGUUGCGUAGGUGCACAUGUAUUUACAUACAAGUAGGACACUUGUGCUAUGUAUUUAUCUUAUUUUAUUUAUUUUACCUUUUGUAUCACCCAUCAUCUUACUGCUUGUAACUUGAACCUGCUGAUUUAUGCUCAAAGUUUAUUGAAUAUUCAGAUUCCUAUUAAAAUCAAAAUAAAUUAUUUCUAUAGAUUA